UGUCACCGUAAAAAAAAAAACCAACAAUUAAAAAAGGUAAACCCAUUCCCGAACCCUCAAAGCUCAAAUACCGCAAUCGCCAUUGAAAAGCUUUGAUUACGAAAAAAGGCAAGAAGAAAGGCAUUAGAUGAGCUGGAGGAACAGUUUCCGUUGUUUAGCCAAGCGAUACAAGUGCAGAUCAUCAGAAAGUUUCACGAUAAAUGAGCUUUGGGAUGGGAUUUUUGUUGCUACAAAGGAUUCUUUUUUCCAGUCACAAUCACAAAGAGGAUACCUAUCAUCUUCGCUUAGUCCAACUGGAAAUCCUUCUGAAGCAUUUAAUUAUGAAAGAAAUGUCCCAGGGAGGGCUAAACUGCCUGGAUUUGUUACUGGCCUUGCCCAAGGGACUGGACCAGGUGCAAUUGUUUUAUCUCGCCAAUAUGGGCAGAGGUCGGGAGAUGGUCCUGAUUUAAGCAGGGAAUUUUUUGUGCAGCUUUGGCUUGCCGAUGAAAAGAAACAAAGAUCUGGAGGACUACAAAAAAGAAAAUUGAGAAAUACCGUAGACCAGAGAAGAACAGGUUUUGGAAGUCAAACAUCUUCCCAAGUUCCAUUUGGAAAAUGGUUCUCAGGUGCGUCCAUUCCAGAAGAGACAUCUUACAAUGAAGUCAAGCCAGUUCUCAAGCAACCACCUACUAGCCAAUCUGUGACAGGCCAAGGUUGCACCUCUUCUUGCAAGAUCUAACUUGCUAAUUACAAGAGAUAUAGAGUGGGCUAAUCUUAUGCUUGGUUUUGAGCAAGUAA